CACAAUUAUAGCGCGUCGAACACGCUGGAAACACGCUUCAAAGCUUCACGCAGCCAGUACUUUGGCCGACGAGGUCGCCGAUCAUGGAUACACCUUCAUCAAAUUCACUGUCAAGGCCUCGUCUAAGGCUUAACCGCUAUACGCCAAAUCCUCGUGUUCAGGACGGUAGUGAUAUGGACUUUACCCCAGUCGCAGUCCCUUCUUCCGCGCGAUCACAAUUCAAUGUCGUCGAUGAUGAAGACGACAAUCAACCUACUCCUCGUAUGCCACUCAGAAACAUAGCUUCUUUUUCAAAUAGCUAUGGUCCAAAUUCAGAAUUUGGACCAUCUACUUCGUCUGUGACACCCUCUGAAACUCCUGCAGCACGCCUCCGCGCCUUGCUAGCACGUUCAUCCGAUUCGCCCAAUGGAAAAUCCCCUCCUACAAGACCCGCUGCACAACUGUCAGAAGAUGGCACUGGCUCUGUGUCCUCUCGUUUUACACCUGCCACUCCAAGUAUCACUCGGGACAGCCUGAAGGAUUUGUUCUCUCGUGCCAGACGUGAGCCUGGGGACACACCACAGAAAUCGAGACCACGCAGAAAUAGUUUUGACACCAGUGAGAUGGACAUUACUCCUGUUGUCGACCGUGAAAGGGAACAGCAUAAGGGUAAAAGAAAAAGUCUAAGUGAUGACGAGGGCGAUAAACCAAAAUCCAGCAAGGGAUCCGAAUCAUCAUUUCGGUCUCCUCAUGCAGCAACGUUUGAUACCCUUCGUGCACGUCUAAUGUCUUCUCACUCGCGGCUCCUCGAUCAAAAUUUGCCUACAGCGGUGUAUGACGUUACUUCUCAACCUUCCGAAACAGGUUCAUUAUUUGCAGACGAACCUCGUUUGGAAGGACAUGCUAAUAUUAAUUCGACAACGACUUUGUUACGACCACUUGAUUCCACUCCAUCAUCACCUUCAAGAAUUGCAAGUUCGUAUCAAAGAACCUUCCAAUUGCCCUCCCAGAUAGCGUCUCACUCUAGUAAGGUCAAACAUUUGCAAUGUUUGUACCCCCCUGACCAUUCAAUUAGAUCUCCUGGAUCAAGAUUCGGAUAUGCAGCAUGUUAUGGGAGAUCUCGAUACAUCCGAAGAUUUACCAGCACCGAUACCUGGGCCAAGUACCAAUCGCCCGUCAACCACCCUGUUGCGGCCCCGUUCCUCCAUUUCAUUACGCGGAAGUUUGCGACAUCAGGAUCAGUCUCGGCGUGCCAGUCUCGAAUUGCCAGGGCCAAGGGCGAGCUCAUCACUUUCUGAUGCUGAUUUCAAAGAACAACACCACUCUCGUGAAGAAGAUCGCAUGCACCAACGCGAACGCGAGUGGAACCGUCCAAAAGCACCAUCACGUUCUGUCACCCCUGAGCUGCAUCACCAACACUCAUUGGAGUUCCACCGACGCCACUCUCAAGAAAUUCCUUGGACGUCACCUUCUCACUUUAAAUC